AUGGCGCAGCCUGCGUGGUCCCGCUGGGGCCCUCAGCCACGGCGAUGUGUCUUGCACCACGAAACGACUCCCGGUCCAGUGGCCUACCGGAACCUCCCGCGCACGCCUGUAAGCAGCGAUCAGCAGCGAGGGGCUUUUUGUGUGCACAAGGGCUCGGCCUUGGGUGUGACCGCCGCCGGCGCGACGAUGGCGCGGAAACGUAGAACGCUGCGUGCGAAGACGGCUUGCCGUGCGACGACAGCACCUGUGGAGAUUCUUCCCAUUCCAGGAAAAGGAUUUGGCGCAAUCGCCAGGAGAGACAUUGCCAGGGGUGAGUUGGUCCUGGAGGAGCGACCGACCAUAACAUAUCAAGCUGGCAGCGAUUGGCCAAUUUCCUUGCAGCAGCAGUUCGACAAGUUGCCUGCCGCAUCGCAAUCUGCGGUCAUGGACCUCUACGAUGCAUCUCCGGGGGAGAAGACGUUGAAGGGCAUCUUCGACACGAACAGCAUUGGAUGCUCCAGCCCAACUUUGGAUGGCGUCCUCUGCCUUUCUGUAAGCCGGAUCAACCACUCCUGCUGGCCAAACUGCGAGCAGUUCUGGGAUGAGCAACUCUUCCGGGAGAAGAUCUUCGCAUGCAAGGACAUCAAGAAGGGUGAGGAGCUUUGUAUAUCCUAUGUGGAGCCGUACCUCCUCGCCGAGGAGCGAGACGACAUCUUCCGACGAAGAUAUGCCUUUGAAUGUGCUGGCUCUGCCCCGAACCGGGAGGCCAGUGAUCGGCGCAGGAAGCGUUUGGGCGAGGCACUUGCAGAGCUUGGCCGCGGUGUCAGCCCGGAUGCAGAUGCCGGGGUGGCGCUUGCGGAGGAUAUGCAGCGACCUCGUGGCGAUCUAGUGGCGGUAAAUGCCCUAUGGAUGGUAGGCCAUGUCCAGAGCGUGCUGGCCUGCGAGAUCCGCUUGCAAAGCUUGAACCUCCAGGAUUUCAUGGCCCCGCGCCAUGAGGUGCACCCGGACAUCUUCGCUCUCUCCGGAGCUUGGCCUGGUGGGCCCCUGGGCCCAUUGGUGGCCUUUCGCGCUGAUGAUCGGCCUGGUGCACCCGAGGCAGAGGGUCUCCAACGUGCCAGAUCUGUGCAAUUGGCCUCUGCGGUUACUCCCCUGGCAUGUUCGAUCCAGAGAUCGCUUCCUGACCCUCCGACCUGUCUCACCGGUCUUUGGGAUCACGGCUUGAAGCGAUGUCCUAUUGCUGAGGCCGCAUUUUUGGAGUGGUGGAGUCUGAUGGAAAGCCACAGCCAGGCAAAAGUGAUGGCACGCAAUGUGCAGCUGCAAGAGUCCUUUGGACACGCGACGGCAGAAGCAGAUGGGAGCCGCGUUAGCAGCAUCCUGCUCUGCUGCAUCGCUGGUCUUCUGGUGCUUUCCAAAGUGGAGUCCUGUGGCCCGAGGCUUGACCAAAAGUCCGGCGAUUGGCUUCCAAGUUGCGUCGCAGAGCUGCUAAGCACUGCAAACUCCUGCUGGGGAGCUUUGGACCUACAACAUGCCAGCACUCGGCGAACGCUGCUCGUGGCGAAACCUUUGUGUCAGCACCUAGCGGUGCAAGGCACAGGUGACGAGUGGCAAAAGUUCGCGGACUUCGUGGAACAGUGUUUCUCUCGGAAAGCCGAGAUGUCAGGCGAUGCUCUGCAGUCAGUUGUCCGGAAGCGAUGUGAUGUUGCCGGCUGUACUUGUGUUGCUGCACGCAGAGUGCACAGACAGGAUGCUUAUGGGCCUGCAGGCUUUCGCUGUGACCGCCACAAGACUGCUCUUCAGCCAGGUGUGAUGAGACAAUGUGACGUUGCCGGCUGCACUUCUGUUGCUGUACGCUGUGUGCGGAAACACGAUGCUUACGGGACGACGUUCACGGGCCUGCUGGCUUUCGCUGUGAAGUCCACGGCGGACGGGCCAUUUGCACCGUGCCUGGAUGCAAGCGGUCCUCGAGUGGUAUCGUGUGCAAGGCGGAUCACUUGGGUCCGAGUGGGAUGCGAUGCAAAGCGCAUCGAGCCCAGCGCUGCACCAUCACCGGCUGCCAUCGGGAGGCCAAGUGCAACUCGCCGGAGGACCUCCUGGGGCCUGCGGGUCGGCGAUGCCCUCAACACAGUGCUGUUUGGCCCAAAGUUUGCAGCGUCUCCGGGUGUCCAGUCUGGCCAGUCGGCAAGGUCAGAGCUUCCGACACACUUGGGCCGGCUGGGCAUCGCUGUCACGUCCACGGAGGUGGUUGCAACGUGCAUGGGUGUUCUCGGAUUUGCUGGGGAACCGUCGCCACGGAGGAUCAGCACGGCCCGGCAGGCAAGCGAUGUUUUCGUCAUGGAGGGCACGUUUGCAACGUCUGCGGUCGGCAGCCACGCCGACACAGGUCGGCAGACGAACAUGGCCCGGCAGGAUAUCGGUGUCAUUUGCAUUCCUGUCCGGUCUCCAAACCAAAACCGAAGCCGGCGGCAAUGGAUAAACUACAAAUAUUCACGAAUCAAUGCCACCGCGUAG